UUCAAUCUGGUAGCGGUGUCUGGCUUGCGCGCGGACAAGGUCAUUGAACUUGCCCGGCAACGCCUUUCAACCAUUGGCAUGGGCUUCACGGUCUGCAUUUUCACAAACUUACUCAUUUGUCCCAUGUGGGCUAGUGAUGAACUUCAUCACUCUACAACCUCCAAGUUCCAAAAGCUUGCUUCCUGUAUUCAAGGAAUCUUGGAGGAGUACUUCAGAGUAGUCAAUGAGAAGGAAAAACAGCCUGGUGCCAAUUUUGCCAAUUGCAAAUCAGUGAUACACUCCAAGUUGAGCGAUGAGUCUCUGGCAAAUUUUGCAAGAUGGGAACCAUGGCAUGGAAAAUUUGGGUUCUCAUAUCCCUGGGAUAAAUACCUACAAAUCGGAGAUGUUCUUCGAGACCUUCCUGCUACCAUUAUUUCACUUGAAGGGUGUCUUCAAUCUCCUAGACAGCCUUCAUCAAAUCCACGACAGUCGAUCAAGGAACCGUGUGAAGCAGUUGGCUCGUUGCUCGCGUGGAUUCUUGGAGAGCUCGGAGAGAGCAUUAUAAAAAUGGAAAAAUGCCGGCCUAAAUCCUUGAUAGCGUCAAAAUUGCAGUCGAUGAGAGCAGAGCUUAGCCUACUCACUUCUCCUUCCAAGCUAGGAGCAUCGGAGAACGGUGAAGGACUUGCUAUGGCUAGUUUUGUGUUCUUGUUGAUGGAGAUAGUAGAAAAAGUGGAAGUAUUGGCAAAAGAGGUCGAAGAACUCGGUGAACUUGCUGAUUUUCAAGCUAGAUAGAUGGCAGUUUUGAUUGAGAUGUGAGCAUUUGAUGCUGUAUACAUCCAUCAGAGCCAAUUUUUUGGCCCUUUAAAUGUACAUAUAUGCAUAAAAAAGAUUAAUUUAUUAUUGAAAGGGAGGAGAUCAUAUGGCCCCAAAGGGGGGUGAUUACUAUGCUACUGUAUGAUGAU